AAAGACCCAAACGAACUGGACAGGUGUCACUGUAGCCACUUUACAAGUUCCACUCAACCUCAAAUCAACUACAUUUGGCAAUCUCAACUCACAACCCUCAGCCACCUCACACCUCCCCCAUGCAACAUGCAUGUCCACGUGGAAUCCUCACAACACACCACGUAUUCCCACUCCUUUAUCAAUUAUCUCUCCUUGGAAACUCUUUCUGAUCACAUAUAUUAAAGUAGUUACAACCAGAGACAGUCUACACUUGCACUGUUCAUAGUCACAGAGAGAGAGAGAGAGUACGAACGACGUCGUUCGAGAUGGCUUCAAGCGACAAGACACCGACUCCGAACCCGGCCUUCCAAGGUGACCAUCCGACGCCGCCGGAAAAGCCGAUGACAAUGGGACAACACGUGUUGGACAAAGGAGCGGAGAUGAUGCAGUCCCUGAAGCCGGUGAACCAGAUGAGCCAGCACGUGUGCACCUUCGCCCUCUACAGCCACGACAUGACACGUCAGAUCGAGACCCAUCACUACGUCACCCGCCUCAACCAGGACUUCCUCCAGUGCGCCGUCUACGACUCCGACGACUCCCACGCCCGACUCAUCGGUGUGGAGUAUGUGGUGUCUGAUAGGAUAUUUGAGACUCUGCCUCCGGAUGAGCAAAAGCUGUGGCAUUCCCAUGCUUAUGAGAUCAAAGCAGGCCUCUGGGUCAACCCUCGGAUCCCCGAUAUGAUUGGCCAGCCUGAGCUCAAGAAUUUGACCAAAACUUAUGGCAAAUUCUGGUGCACAUGGCAGGUUGAUCGAGGUGAUCGGCUUCCACUGGGGGCGCCGGCGCUAAUGAUGUCGCCCCAAGCGGUGAACUUGGGGAUGGUGAAGCCGGAGCUGGUGCAGAAGAGGGACGACAAGUACAACAUAUCAACGGAUGCUUUGAGGGUGUCGAGGGUGGAGAUAGCCGAGCCAGAGUGGAGUAAUCCGCAGGCGGAUUAUUGGAAGCAGCAUGGCAAGGGUUUCGCCAUUGACGUUAAGCACACUGAGAUGAAGAAAAUCGCACCCUUUCCUUAAAUCGGCAUGCAUGCAUCAUUUCGAUAUCCAUAAGACCUUAAAUUAAAUGUAUUUAUGC